AUUGUUCACUCAGUGUAGCCACAGAGGCACUUUGAUUUGAUAAGGAAGUUUUUGUUUUUAGGAGUAUUGUGAUGAGGGCUGCCCCUCCCCACAGCCUGUCUGACUCACUGGACAUUGCUGAACUGCUCCUGGGACAGUUCGCUGGAUCCUUGAACCCCAAUGUUACCCUUCAAUACUACUUCUUGCCUGGCUUGAGUGUAUCCACCAGAACAGUGGGGCAUAGCCCCUUGGGUCUGUUUGCUGUACAGGGUCUUCAUGUUGCUCUACAUCCUGAUUUGGUGUAUGUACUCUGGCCUGCUGUUCUCCAAUCUCAAGUGGCUUCUUCAGCCACCUGACCUACUGCCUGAUGGUCAUCUACCACCUGGUUGCUUCCUGUAACAUGGCCUGUGCCACAGUCCUAGUCAGGUGCCACUGCAGGGACCAAAGAAAGACCUGCUCUGGAGGGGACCAAACUAGAGAGCGUGGAAUCGGAGCAGAGCCCUUGGGUCCUUUCCCUCUCCCCUCUCUCCUCUUCAUCUCCCCGAGACUGCAGUGGUUCCUCCACAGCCUGAUGUGUGCCUUCUGCCUCGCUGUGCCCUUCCCCUACUGGAGCCUUGACUACCCCAUGGAGCACCACCCUCUGUUCCCAUUCAACCUCAACAUGCAUGUGGGAAAUUCUGCCCAGGCCCUGCUAGACCUUCUCCUAUCAGCAACGCCCAUCUACCUGGCCCACUACCUCUAUCAGCUCCUCAUUGGCUGCCUUUACAUCCUGUUUGCUGUGGUCUACUGGCUGGCAGGCCAAACCAACCUUAGUGGAAAGCCCUACAUUUACAAGGUACUGGACUUUGGAGGGUGCCCCUUGGUGGCCACUCUGUGUGUGCUUUGCUUUGUUCUGGUCUGCUUUCCCCUCUGUCACUUCCUGGUGUGGAAUGUGCAACUGCUGAGGAGGCAGCUGGUGGGCAGGGUAAGGGGAGAGAGGCCGGGGCUGUGCAGAGAGGCUUGGUGGUGGGGGGAGCGUGCGGCCCGUGCCGGUCUCCCUCUUGGACCCAUUCUCCUCAGUGUUAACCCCCAGGAGGAGAGGAGAGGUCUGUGGCGAUGGGGCCACUCAGUCCCUACUCUCAUCCACCACCAGUCAUUUCUACAGUGCUGUCACUGUCUACCUCUGAGGUCCAGUCUGAACUAACAGAGAUUGAUGCCAUAUUGUUUUACAUGUUCUGCAUAAUGUCAUCCAUCUGUGUUGUCCGGUCCCUGUCAGGCCAACUAAUACAAUGCUGCACAGAUCUUCUCUUCACUUUGUAGUGUGUGGUGUUAUAGUUGCCUGAUCCAAGACGUAACAUCACAGUGGCCAAACUAUGUUAGUCUUUGUAUCACCAGGGGGCAGUAACAGUAUUCGUUGCUUUGAUCACCGUGUUCAGCCUUGGUCAUUUCACAUAGUAAGCUGGCUAAUUUAUUGAUCCUACAUGAUUAACACUGAGAUUCUAGAGUAGGCUCAAGUUGGGAAUGGGAGUAACAAGUCAGUAAUAACAUGCUGGUUUUAGGGUUGUUGUUUUUCUGAAUAUUGUACAAGUUUGUUAAGUUGCAUAUUUUAUUGAAACUACAAAACUGUGGAUGGAUCCUACUUGCAGAAUACACAGGCCACGGUUGUCCUGUCCAUCCUCACACAAAGCAAAUAAAACAGCUGCACAUGAAGUCUAAAAUAUGAAUGAGGCUUAUGUGAGCAGACUGGUGUGCCAAUGAGAGCAAUGA